CCAAAACACACUGUCGAGAGAGAGAGGAAGGGAGGGACAGGGCCGCUCUCACAGGAGGAAAACAGACCGACAGACAGAGAGAGAGAGAGAGAGAGAGAGAGAGAGCAAGUGAAAGAGAGAGAGAGACAGAGGGGAAACGGAGUGUUACCGGACAGCCAAACUAGCUUAGGAGCGAGCGCGGAAGUGAGUGAGACGACGAGAAGGCAAGAGAGCAGCGGCGACCCCGACUGGGUCUUGGAUUACAGGAGUGCACUAAGGGACUAACAGUCACGUUCCACCACGGGAGAGUGAGAGAGGGAGAGAGAGAGGGAGAGAGAGAGGGGGAGAGAGAGGGAGAGAGAGAGGGAGAGAGCGAGAGAGAGAGAGAGAAAGAGGGGGCAAGUCAGGAAGCCACUGCUCUCCUCGCCUGUCCUGGGUCGCCUCUGCGCCGCUACUCGCUGACCGGCUCUCUGCCCUCCUCCCUGCCCGCUGCCCCGGCUGUGCCAGGGCUGCCGGCGGGGCACAGGGGGCAAACCCCCGAGGGGCAAAGGACUAUGGGACACGGUGCCAGUGCGGAGACAUUGGCACAGCAACCAGCAGCCGUCCUCCACCACGAUGAUGAAGUCGACCAGCAGCACAGCACGGCGGGCAGCAAUGAAGGGAACCCUGGUGACGUCCCGACCAAGAGCAAGGGCAAGUUCUCCAACUUCGGCAAGAUCUUCAAGCCCUGGAAGUGGAGGAAGAAGAAGAGCAGCGAGAAGUUCAAGGAGACCUCCGAAGUGCUGGAGAGGAAGAUCUCCAUGAGGAGGUCCCGACAGGAACUGAUUGAGCGGGGUGUUCUGAAAGAUAUUCCUGAGAACGAAACCAACAAUGCCAACCACUCCAAGGGGCCGUCAUCAACCAAAAACGGUCAUGCCAUGGUUGGCGACCGUGACCGGGAACGGGAUCGGGAACGCGACCGAGAUCGGGAUGACCGGUCCUCGGUGUUCGGGGGUUCAGAACCGGCCCGUGUGAACCCCACCUGGCUCUCACAGGAAGAGUGCAAGGGCAGCCUGGUCCCUGAGCAGGACCGCCGCAGCCUGAUGCCCCCCGAGGAGGACCGCCGCGGGCGCACACCGUCCGACGCCGCCUCCGAGCGCAAGAGACGGGCGCCGCCGCCUCUGGACGUGGACGCCCGCAUGCGCAUCCAUUCGGACAUGGACCUGACCACCCGCAUGGGCGGAGUCAGUGACGGUGGAGAUGGGAGACGGGCAGCGUCUCUCCCCCGCGGAGGACCGGGCCUCGAGGACGGCCGGACGAGGAGGGACGAGCGGAAAGAGGAUAGGAGAGACGAGCGAAGAGAGAGAGACGACAGAAGAGAUGACCGCAAGGAGGAGAGACGAGAAAGAAGGGAUGAGAAAAAAGACGAGAGGAGAGAUGAGCGGAAGGACGAGAGGAGAGAUGAGAGAAAGGACGGGCGAGAUGAUCGGGGAAGGAGGGAUGACCGGGACGAGCGAGACCGACGAGUGGACAGGAAGGAGGAGCGGGACGCUCGAGACCGACGCAGGGACGAGCGCACGGACGGAGACGAGAGGGACAGGCGAGAUCCCCGCGGAGAACGAGUGGAGCGAGAGAGAGACCGACGGGAGGAUAGAGACAGACGAGACGAACGAGAGAGAACGAGGGAGGAGCCGGAGAGGCGGGAGGAGAGCGAGAGAAGAGAGGAGAGAAGGGACGAGAGGGACAGGAAGGACUGGAGAGGAGAGAGGGAUGAGCGCGAGAGAGGGAGAGAAGAGAGGGAUAGGAGAGACGAGCGGGAGAGGAGGGAGCCGCGGAGGCCGUACUCGGAGAUGGACCCGAGGCCGAGCCUGCCGAAGACUGUGUCUGAGGAGGGGCCGAGGCAGAGGCCGGUCUCGGAGGCUGACCGCAGGACCACACUGCCAAGACACGUGGCCAUGGCCGAGGAACCCAGGGGACGUUCAGAUUCGCUGGGCGUGCGCUUUGCUCCUGAGCCCAACCCUGGACCCGGACGGGACUUCCUGAAGGACCCUGCGGGCCAGCAGCACCCUUCCAAACAGGCCAUGCUGCCGCCCAAGUGGCUGAUGUCGUCCACCGAGCAGACGGGCACGCCCCCUGGCUCCUCCGCCUCCUCGGCCUCCUCAACGUCAUCCUCGUCCUCCGCGCCCCCCAUCGCCAAGCCCCCCCCUCGCACCGUGUCUCUGCUGGUGCCCAGCGAUGCCCCCGCUCCCGCCCCGCACCCGCACGCGGCCCAUCAGGACGCCCACCCUCCCUCCUCCGCCCCCGUGCCCAUGGCGGCACCCAUCCCGACCCCCCACCCCAAACAACCCCCGGUGCCCCCGCCCAAGCCCACCAAUCGCAACAGCAACCCCGCCCUGCUAGCCGCCACUCUGAACAGACGGGCCAAUGCCCGGCCUCCUUUCUGCUGGACCAGCUGGCGUCGCCAGGGCGAGGGCGGGGUCUACCUGUCUCUGCCUGCCUACCUGUGCCGCAGGGGCAUGCCCCCAAACUCCGCAGCGGAGUUGUCUCAGGCGGCCGGAGGCGCCAACCUGCUGCCCGUCAAGCGCUCGCCUCCCACUCCACCCAAGAGGAUGACGCCGGUCACCAAGCGCCACUCCGAGGAGCCGCCCGCCGCCCCGGCCGGUCAGAGCGAGAGCUCGUCCUCGGCUCGGGCUGCCCCCGUGCCCCUCCCUGCCCCCUCCUCCUCCUCCGCCACGGGCACCAUCGGCGAGGACGACGGAGUUCCGUCUCCUCCGGCCUUCUCGCCACCUCCGGUCCACAUACCCCCCUCUCCGCCCCACGUCCACUUCCAUCCACAGCCCCCGGCCAAACCUGCCCCUGCCCCGCAGGUGACCGUGACGACGGACCCCCCCAGCCCCACCACGGAGCCCCCCAGCCAGCCGCCGCUCCCGCUGCACCUGCUGAUCGCGCGGGCGCUGGCCAGCCCUGGCCCCGCGGUGGCCAACCCGGACGGCUCGCAGCGCGCCCACUCGCUGCUCUUCGACAAGCCGCCCGACAUCCUGCUGGAGGCGGGCGGACGCCACUCGCUGCCCAUCACCAUCGAGCCCCUCAGGCUGCCUGAGGAUGAUGACUUUGACAUGGAGGAAGAGCUGGCUAAGGAGGAGCUGCGUAAGCAGCAGCGCUCGGCCCCCGCGCCGCGUCACCCCCUCCAGCCGGCCCUGGAGCCGCGCAGCCGCCGCGGCAUGGUGGAGGACCCCCGCGUCACCGUCAUCCCCGAGGCCACUGGCCCUGGGGACAGCGAGGACGAGGAGGAGGAAGAGCGGGUGGACAAGGAGGAGGAGACGGACUCGGACUCGGACGGACCUAUCCUCUACAGGGAUGACGAUGAAGAUGAGGAUGUUCCGACAGGUGGUCUGGCGGACCGUGUGAAGCGUAAGGACACCCUGGCUCUGAAGCUGGAGAAGCAGCAGCUGCACGACCCCAAUCAGGAGAACGGCAACGGCUGGAGGAACCGCGAGCAGUGGGAGGCCAUCCGCAGCAAGAUCGGCUCUACGCUCACACGGAGGUUAAGUCAGAGACCCACCGCUCAGGAGCUCGAGCAGAGGAACAUUCUGCCUGCCAUGAAUGAUGAGGAGCGGCGGCUGGAGAGGAGUGAGAUCAAACGCAGACUCACCAGAAAGCUGUCCCAGAGGCCAACUGUCGCCGAGCUGCAGGCCAGGAAGAUCCUGCGCUUCAACGAGUACGUGGAGUGUACAGACGCCCACGAUUACGACCGGCGCGCGGACAAACCCUGGACCAAACUCACCCCCGCAGACAAGGCUGCCAUCAGGAAAGAGCUCAAUGACUUCAAGAGCACAGAGAUGGAGGUUCAUGAGGAGAGCAGGAUCUACACAAGGUUCCAUCGGCCAUAAAGUGUAAUACAGCGUCACUGGAGGGUCCAGAGGCAUCCAGCCUCUUCACCCAUAACCCCUGCACCCCGGACCCACCGCCUCAAAGCCCUCUGGGAUACGAGGGUCCUCCAACCUCCCUGCCCACCUAACUAGACAAGGACUGUAGAAGACGACGAGUGGGACUGGGGACAAACCUGAAGGGGUACACUGCCCACCUCACAUGGGUCAUUCGUAAGGAGUGGACUGCCGUCCCAGCCAGGGUACAACCAGUGACCUCAUGGUUACUUAACUGGCCAUGGCCAAUACAAGCAUGUGAUCAGAGGGCCAAGGGCAGGAAGCACAUAGCAGAGUGGAGUGGAAUUCUGGGAAGUUGAGUCCAUUGUUGUGCCCAUUACUGUGAUACUGUUGUGGCAAGUCAGCCCUAUUUCUUAUGCAAGACUACACCAUUCAAGUGGCCUUGGUCUGUUUUUCGAUGACAUUUAAUGAUAAUUUGCAGUCGUUUUUACUGAGGAAUCUGGAAUACCUGUGAAUAUGUUGAAAGCGAUGAUGAUUUGCUGGUCUACUGACGAUGUCAGUAAGGAGUCAUGUCAAUGAGAAUGUGAUACAAGCUAUGUGACUGUGUGUGUGUGUGUAAGAGUGGUUGUGUGUGUGUGUGUGUGUAAGAGUGUUUGUGUGUGUGUGUGUAUGUGUAACAGUGUGUGUGUGUGUGUGUGUGUUUGAGAGAGCGAGAGACUGUGUUGCGCAUUUACUGCAUCUCUGCCUUAUAUGUUGUCUGACACGGUAUCCACCCGGUCCCUGUUACUGGCUAUCAGACACACACAUACUGAACUGGAUAGCAGCUUUAGAUUAGAGAGCAGCAGUACUACAUCAUCAGUGGUAUAGCACUACACACGCAACCCAAUACUAGCCCCCAGCAGUCAGGCACUAGAGUUCGGAGCAAGCUCUCACACAGGGCACUGAAAUGGUUCUAGAGUCACGGUACUGUACUGGUACUAUUUGUUAAGAAGGGGGUUCUAGACCUGUUCUAGGUCAGUUCCUCUGAUGGCCUAGCCUCUGACACCUCCAAAUACAUUACAUACGACUUUCAUUACUGACCAGCGUCUCCGAUCACACAGGUUUUCUGCAGCCGGAUCGGGGCCGGGUCAGUACCAGAUGAGGGCCAGAUGCAGGUGGCCUCUGGGGUCUGCGAACCCACGUUUUUUUUUUAUCAAAAGUCUUUUUCUUGCCUAUCACAUGACUCGCAAUCAGGUGCUCCUGAUGAGCUGGGCCACUUGGGAACUGAGAUUGUCAAUUGUAAAGGGGGUGGGGGAGGUGGUGGUGGUUUAGUAAGGCCACAGGUUAGCAUUAAAGACACUAAGGCUCCAUCCCAUUACGUAGAUUCAUAACCUUGCACCCUCAAACUGUGCUUUGGGGUAUCACACAUGACGUGUUGUCAGAGGCAGGGCAGUAAUAACGUCCCAUUCGUGGUUUAUUCUUUCACCCCUUUAACUCCUUAUACACUUACACCCUUGUUCACCCCUCUAAUACUUACGGUAUUAAUAAUUACGGUUCCUUGACCCUUCAAAGUGCACUUUGAAGGGUGCAAGGCUGCAAGGACAUGUAAUGGGAUGCUGCUUCUGCCUCUCACCACUGACAGGAAACAAACUCCUCAAGGCAUUUGUUUUUUUUUAACUGGUUGAUGGUACUGCGUGUUAACCGGUAGUAAGGUCCUCACAAUGUCCAGUUUUGUUUUAAAUGUAAUUAAAAUGUUUCAGUAUGUUGUUUUAUAAGCACAAAUAUUGACCAUAUUGAUACGGUAAUACAGUAACUGCAAUAUGACAGACUGGUUUAAAAAAAAAAAAAAAGAUUUAUUUUAAUGUUGUAUAGUUUUUUACAUAAAGAAAUAUGUUUCAACUACUAAUGAAUGGUCAAUCCACAACUGAAUUAAAAGUUUCAAAGACUUCA